AUGAGCCGAAGCACCAAUAAUGAAUUCGGUUUCAAACGCCUGGAGUUUACUAAUGAUUUACCGAUGACAACAAUCACUUCAACGACUAAUCAGCGUUCAUCAUCGGCGGCGGCAGCAGCACCUAUUGAAGUUUUAAAUGUUGCAGAAAUUAUUGUUAAUCUCUAUGUAAAAUGCAACUAUCCAGAACUAAAUGAUUUUGUUCGAGAAUUACAAGAGCCCAAUGAACAUAUGAAAAUCAAUGGACAAUCUGUUUCGAUACUUAACCUCUAUGCACUUCUAUCGACCAAGGAUCCAAUUGAUAUGAGUAAUCAAACGAAACGAAUGACGUAUCGUCCUAAUUUAUUUGUACGUAAAAAUGAUAUGUAUGGACCUUGGAAUUUUAAAUAUCUUCUUAGUCUAUUCGAACUCGAUUACCAAUGUGCAACGGACAAUGAUGAAUUCCCUAAAGUAUGGAAAACAACAAUGACAACCAAAGUUCAUGUCAAAAUUAUAUCAAAUUUCGAACGUUCAGAUGACACCAAAGAAACACAAGAACAAUCUAAAUCAUCAGCUGAAGAUAUUACUCUCAUUGGUCUACUUAAAACUAUCUGUCUACAAAAUAAAUGUGACGAAAGUGAUGCAAAUAUAUGGUUAAAAGCUUUAAAAGAGGAAAACAUCAGUACGAUCGAGCAUCUACGUUUGGCAACGGCUAAUGAGACCACUUGGGAAAAAGUUGCUGCCGUGAAAUACCUCGUCAAACAAAUGAUUCGUGAUUAUGUUCAAUUGAAUAUGGCCUCUCAAAACGUCAAUGAAAUGAAUGAUCCAUAUAAAGAUUCGAAAGCUACACUACUAGGUGAUAUUCAUCGUGUCCGACGUUACUUUUAUUAUGUUAACGGUCAACUUAAUCAUUUGUCGUAUCUCGAUCGGCAUGCAGUUAAUCGUGCGAUCGAAGAAAUUCGUCUGACUUAUGACGAUGAUGGUAACGUUCUUAAUAAUAUACAAAAUUAUCUACGCACAUUCUGUUUACACAAUAGAAAACCUACGGAAACUGAACGUAUUAAACAGCGGCAAGGUUGGACUGAUGAAUUGCGUAAACUCGAACAAAAUAUAAGCCAACGUCAGCAGCAAGUCAAUAGGUUACAUCGUCAAGCGGAAGAGGCCAGAAAAUGUUUAGAAGACUGUAAUUCGAACUAUUUGAAAUUAGUUCGAGAGGAAAAAAACGUUGAAGAAACAGCAAAGAAACUUAUUGAAGAAGCUAUCACUAUGGCUGCUGCUCAAUACAAUAAUAAAAGUUGGCAACAGAAACAUGAUCAAGGUCGUCAAAUGCGAAGUGAUUAUUACGCUAAAAGACAAAGAUUAGAGCGGGAACUUACCGAAAAACGUGAAUCAUAUAACAAAGCUAAAAAUAGUCACGUUUUGUCGGCCUCAGAAAUUGAGAGUGAUCAAAGGAAAAUGCAUUCGCUCAAAGAAUUACUUGAACUCAAAUUAGAAGAUGAACAUCGAAAAUUGAACGUUAAAUUUGGUCGUGGGUUAUUACUCUAUGGUCCACCUGGUACAGGUAAAUCAGAAUUACUUAAACGCGCGGCUAUCUUUGCUGGUAUAACAAUGACUACAUCUCCAUUGGCUGCUGGUGAACUUAAUCGACCUUAUGUGGGGGAAACAGAAAAAUUACUCAUCGAUAUUAUGUACCGUGCUAAUACUAUACCUUAUCUCAUAUGUGCAAUGACAAUAGAUGAAAUCGAUGGUCUCGUACCUAAACGUGAUAACAAUGCUCAACAAUCGAAAGUUGAUGGAAUCAGUGUUCUUCUAUCACAUAUUGAAGGUGUCAAAAAUAUACCAAAUUUGAUUGUACUUGGUGCUACUAAUCGACGAAAUAUGAUGGAUGAAGCAUUUCUUCGACGUAUGCAAGCUAAAUGCUUCGUAGGACGACCAUCACCACAGAUUCGAAAAAAAAUGCUUCGACCUCUAUUAUGUGAAAAUUCGAAUUCAUUUACAAAUGAACGACUUGAUUUUCUCGUCAAAGUUAGUACGAAUUUUAGUGGAGCAGCAGUUGGUGCACUCAAAUCAAGUAUUAUCGUUGCGUUAGAUGAUGCUGAUGAAAAAUCAAUAACUGAUUUGACAUUGCUCGAAUUAGCAGAUAAUGUUGCACGUGAAUUUAGUUGCUGGUUCGGUAUUGGUACAUUACCGGAAAUAGGCCAAAUAUAUCCAAAUCUAUUUCAAACACAAACAGAUCAUAAGUUAGAAGAAUACUCGUUGAACCUACCAAAAACAUCACCAACAGGUCGAAUAUUGGUUGAUCUUAGAGAACGAAAAUGUCUUAUCGAAUUAUCGAAUGAACUAACACUUGAAAAAGCACUCGAUGAUGGAGAAACAUCUAUGCUGACGCUAAUUGCUCGUUUUGUUCAUGGUUGUUCAACUCGAAAUAUCGAUACUAUUCAAAUAAUUGAUCUUAAUUUUCUUACCAAACAAAAUGCUUUUGAAGAAAAUCAAAUAUUUGAAUUGUUGACAACAACAUUUCUUGAAUGUAAUGAAUACAAUCGAUCAAUGCUUAUAUUUGAUAUUGACUCAUUAGUUAUGCUUACAGUAUCAGACUCAGAAAUGUCAAAAUCUGAAUCGAUCUCUAAUAUUCGUUUGUAUCAAUUUAUUCGAGAAAAAUGUAAGACAGCUAAGAUUGAACAAGUAUCAACGAACAAUAAUGUCACUGUGAUCAAAGAAAAAUGGGUGGUUAUUGUUGUUAAACAUCCACUUUUACGACAACUUAUUAUUGAUGAUAUAGAGUUUAAGAAAACAAGUCAACAAUUACAAAAAGAAAACGAUGAUGAAAAGAAACGAAUCGAUGAUGAAGUAGAUAAAGUAUGUCCAAAAUGCCAUCAAAAUUAUAUUCCAUCGAAGACCACUUAUGGUAAUUGUCGUUAUCAUGAUGGUUUUAUCUACGAUCUUGAAGCAAAUGUCCGACUGAGAAAGGAUCAAGCUCAAGCUUUAUUGCAAAAUGCUAAAUUAAAACAACAUGGAAAUUCUGAACAACUACCUAAACUAAUGUGGGCUUGUUGUCUUGGUAUCUAUGGAAGUGACCCACCAUGUCGAGUAGGAAUGUGUGGUUUGCCCGAAGAAUUGAAAGCCUCACACAGCCAUGUUGCUGAUCCGAGAGCGCUCGUUGAAGAAUAUUUCAUGAAUAAUCAAGUUGCUGAUGCUAAAAUUAAGAAAUUUUUGGAAACAUUCAGAAAGACACCAAAAGGGAAUAAUACUGUAACUUCAUCUAGUACUCUACCAAGUUCAAAAAAAUGA